AUGAAUUACUUGGAAAAUUUGGUAAUUUACUUCAGUAAUCUAUCGUAUUUUUAUAUCUUUAGUGUAGUAACAUCGGUUGCAAUAGUUCUACUAACAAUUUACAUGGGGGCUGGCUCUUGCCUGAAGAAUGCAGCAGCUGAACGUGAGGAAAAAUGUAGUGAAUCUGCGCAAAAGCGAUCUGUUGCUUUAAGUGACACUGAUGAAGACGGUGACAGUAGUGAUACUAGCGAUAUGAGAAUUGAGUCUGUUCGGCAACUUAAAUCGGCAAAGUUAAGGUCCCUUGAAGACAGCUUAACUGAAGAGCAGAAAGAGGUAGAAAAAGAGAUAGAAAAAGUACAACUAGCUGCCAUAUACAGCUUACUAAAAAAGCAAAACGAAGAAUUUUGCAUAAAUUCUAAUUUGGACGAAGAUGAACUGCAGGAGCAACUUAACUUGUACAGGUGAAAUGGGAAUGCUAAGGUAGUGCUGGAUGUUACAAACAAUUUGUUUGCGGCCUGAUGCUUUUCUAGUUUUUUACUAACGUAACGAUGAACUUCAAGAAUGCAGAACAAUUGCGGCGUUAGUGUUGCGAUUUUAUCGAUCAUCUACUCUAAUAGCCUCUUCCAAUCGAGUUUCGAACAUACGACGACUGGUGUGUUAGACCUCGAGGCCAAACUAGUCAGAACAUUUUUACUCUUUACUUCUUAAUACUAAAUGGUAGCUGACUGGUUAACUUCUAAUUGCAUCGAGUUAUAUCUGGUCCAAUUAUGAAUAUCACCAAGUAAUAAUGAGUAGUUGAAACAAUUAUCAAGUAGAGAUGGAUCUCCUGCUUAUCACAAAAUUGCAUGGAAUUAACCAACAAAAAUAGAACUGACAUCAGUAAUGUUCUAAUGCAAGAUCAAAUACUAUCUGAUAAGUUAUCCAUUCUAGUCCUUUCAUGUGAUAAAUAGAAGUUUGUGAAGGCAAAUAAUAAGAAAGAAGUUUUUUGUUCGCGGCAAUCAAUUAAUGCCAGCUUCUAAAUGACUUGAAAUCUUGAUCAAAGUAAGUAUCUACUGAUUCAUUGAAAGUCAUCCAAAUUGAAAGUAGGACCUAAAUGAUAAACAUAAAAGUGAUGAUUGAUAUCGUUUAGAACACGAGGAUAAAUAUUUUUCUGACUAAUUUAAUAUUUUUUCAAAUCAAGCAAGAUAACUUGAUAUAAUUUAUGUUAUUUAACAUAGUGGCACCCACAAUUUUUA